UCGCCUCUCGUGACCCUCCUCCCUCCUCUGCAUCAUCAGCAGCGGCGGCGGCGCACCCCUUCGUUGGCUUCCACCAUCUCUCAAGAACGAACGAACGCGCACACAACCGCACCCACCUCCCCUCACCAAUCCCGGGCGACCGUUUCAUGGCUUCGGACAUGUGGGUUUGAUUCUUCCUCCCUCGUCCCCCGUUGACAAGGUCGGGUUUUUCGUCGCUCGCUGUCUCCCAAUCCGAGCAACCCCACUAACCCAUCACCAUCUUUCUCUCUCUUCCCCUUCCCGUCGUUUCCUUCCGACCCAUUCUCGUUUCUUGAUCCAUCUCCCCGCGCGCACGGAUCGAUAGGGAAGAUCAAGAAAUGUACGGGACGCAGAGCAAGCGAGACCUGGCCCUCGAGUUGCAGUCCCAAAUCCCAAUCUUGAGGCCGAGCAUCCAUUCCCGGAGGGCCAAUCUGACCGUGAAGUUCCAGGACCUGUACGGGUUCACCGUGGAAGGUAAUGUGGACGACGUCAAUGUCUUGAACGAGGUGAGGGAGAAGGUCCGGGAGCAAGGCCGCGUGUGGUGGGCUCUCGAGGCCAGCAAAGGCGCCAAUUGGUACCUGCAGCCGGAGGUCUCGAACGGGAUUGCCCUCAAGUCGUCCCUCAAGAUAUCGGCUCUGGCCAACGCGAUCACGCUGAAGAAGCUGAUAAGGAAGGGGAUUCCUCCCGUUCUGAGGCCUAAGGUCUGGUUCUCGCUCUCCGGGGCGGCGAAGAAGAAGUCCACCGUGCCGGAGAGCUAUUACAAUGAUCUGACCAAGGCUGUGGAGGGCAAGGUCACGGCUGCUACGAGACAGAUUGAUCAUGAUCUACCACGAACCUUCCCUGGUCACCCAUGGUUGGACACUCCGGAGGGUCAUGCUACUCUACGACGUGUCCUAGUCGGAUACUCUUUCCGUGAUUCCGAUGUUGGUUACUGUCAGGGUCUAAACUAUGUUGCAGCAUUAUUAUUGCUUGUGAUGAAAACAGAAGAAGAUGCAUUUUGGAUGCUCGCUGUUUUACUAGAAAACGUCUUGGUCAAUGAUUGCUACACCACUAAUUUAUCUGGAUGUCAUGUUGAACAAAGGGUUUUUAAAGACUUACUGACCAAAAAGUGCCCAAGGAUAGCUGCUCAUCUGGAAGCGCUGGAAUUUGAUGUAUCUCUUGUUGCCACGGAGUGGUUCCUGUGCCUCUUCUCUAAAAGCCUGCCUUCGGAGACAACUCUCAGAGUGUGGGAUAUUCUUUUCUAUGAGGGGGCUAAGGUUUUAUUUCACGUAGCUCUGGCCAUCUUCAAGAUGAAGGAGGAUGAGCUGCUUCUAACCCAUCAUGUAGGAGACGUAAUUAACGUAUUGCAGAGAACAACUCACCACCUCUUUGACCCUGAUGACCUAUUGACAGUUGCAUUCGAUAAAAUCGGUUCUAUGACCACCACCACUCUAUCGAAGCAAAGGAAGAAACAGGAGCCAGCAGUAAUGGCAGAGCUUGAUCAGAGACUGAGAAGAUUAAAUUCACUUAAAGUGGAGGACAAGUAAAAUUAUCAGAAAUAGGUUGAUCGGUCCGUGUUGUAAGACUUGAUACAACCGGUGGCUGCUCACCCGCCUAAUGCAAAUUGUUAAAAUUUGUGGUUGUGACCUUGAUCUUCUGAGACGAAGAAGAGGGGAAGAGAGAAGGCAAGGGUCUGUUGUAGAUUUAGGUAGCCACCGAGAGGAAGUUGUAAAUUUUGGAAUUUCUAGGACCAACAUGUUGUAUAACAUUGCAAAUCCUAUUACUAAGAAGAAGGGCUGCUUUGCCCUGUAAAUCUGGUUCUUAA